UGGAGAGUGGGCGUGGCGUUGGUUCUUGCAGGGGGAGAAAAGCAAAACAAUCUUUUCCUUUUACCAGCUGCAUUUUGUGUUGUUUUAGACGUAGUGCGAUUUAGUGUCUCCGUCGAAAAACUGGGCUUUGUAGACAGGACACUAAUUUUAAAUGUAUCUUUCCUUGCUGGGUUGUAAAAUCUGUCGACAUCUUAUCCGUCUUUAGAUCCACUUGGCCUGUUUGAAAAUGACUUCGAAGCGCCUCCUCGAUAAGAAACCAGCCGGUGUGAGAGGGACCGGCGCCGGUAACUUCGUGUAUGGGGGAAAUUACUGCACUAAACACAACGAGCAUUUUUCAGCGAAGACUGGCGGAAUCAGAACAGGAAAGAAGUCACCCGUAACGGUUAACGGGUUUGACACCCAAAUAGUGGAUACCUGCUCCCUGCAAGAGUCUAGCAAAGAAACCUGUCCUAAUGGAAACCAGUUGGCUUCAGGUCCAGAGAAGCACUACACCAAAAAAAAGACGAUCUAUGCAAGUGAGGAGGAUGAGAGGGAGGUGGGUCCAGUGGAUGUCCUGAAGUGCAGCAGUGUUACUCAUCACUUGCUCCUAAAUGAACAGAAGCAAGUGGAGUCUAUAAUUUCGUUAAGGAGCAUGUUGCCACUGCGUGUUACAGAUGUUUCAGCAGAGAAGAUCUAUGCAUCUGCUCAUAUCCCGGUCCCUCACAUCAGGAAGCCCUCAGGCCAUGCUGAUAAGGAGGUGAUGGCAGCUACUGUCUUGACCACUCUGUCCACAAGCCCUCUGGUGCUCAACCCUUCUUCUGGUGCCUCGGGUGGAGUAUUAGAGACAUCCAGCAGGGGAUGGAAGGAGAGUCUGUCAGCCAGCUACAGCAGCUCAACCAGUGGCAACUGGAGCUGGGAUGCUAGCGACCAGUCGGUGCCCUCCACACCAUCCCCACCCCUCUCCAAUGAUGUCAACAAGAGCUUCCUGGCCUAUUCACAGGGAGAGGACAACAUAGAGGAAGCAGAGAGCACCCACUUCCUGUUUGAGGACCCUAUUCGCCGGAAACGGAAGAACUCCAUGAAGGUGAUGUUCAAAUGUUUGUGGAAGAACUGUGAAAAGGUCCUUAGUACUUCCUCAGGGAUUCAGCGGCACAUCCGCACUAUACACCUGGGGCGGAACGGAGAUUCUGACUACAGUGAUGGUGAGGAGGACUUCUACUACUCAGAGAUUGCGGUGAACAUGGACACACUGUCCGAAGGGCUGUCAAACCUCACACCAACCUCGCCCACCACCACUGGCCCACCCCCCGUCUUUCCGCUUGCUAAUGAUAUGUCACAAUCCAGGUCUGCCACUGUGAUCCACAGUCCGCUCAGCCAGUCAGCUCCCUCCGCACUGUGCCAUAUCCGCACUGACCAUGCUUACCAGGCCACUGCUCCUGUCAGCAUUCCUACUGUGUCCUCUGAGCCAUUGCACAGCCACAGCACCAUCAAUGUCUCCUGGCAGUCACCUUCCAUUAUCUUUAAAAGCCAACUAGUAAGAAAGCAUGGUGCAGUAAAUCAUGUCGGCAUUUUGAGCACUGGGGAGAAGAGACAGCCUGUCACACAUACUGUUGGCAAGACACAAACCACCACCAUUUCUACACCCAAACCCAGCACCGGAACCAGAAAACCCCGGGGAGAAGCGAAGAAGUGUCGCAAAGUGUAUGGAAUGGAGAAAAAAGAUCUGUGGUGCACAGCAUGCCGCUGGAAGAAAGCCUGUCAGCGCUUCACUGACUGAUUUUACUCUUUCUCUUACAAACAUAACAGGCUCUUCUAACAUCAGUGUCUGAAUCACUGACUCAUUGUUGACCCUCUCUUGUGCACCAUAAAGGAUUCCAUUCCUUGAGGACUCUCAAAAUUGUGUAAGGGCUUUUCUAGCAAGUGAGCUGUUUUGUGUCCUGUAAACCACAGCGAACAGUGAACACAUUUCACUCUUGCGAAACAUUGGGGGGAAAAAGAAAAGAAAGAAAAAAGUUGGAAAAAAUACAAUAUGCAUUAGCUUUUGCUGCACUACUCUGAAGCAAGUUUUUUUUAUUUUUUGUUCUUUUGCAGGCAAGAAAGACAUUCUGAUAAAAUACCUAGCGAAUGAAACUUUUAUUUAUAUAUAUAUAUAUAUAUAUAUAUAUAUAUAUAUAUAUAUAUAUAUAUAUAUAUAUAUAUAUAUAUAUAUAUAUAUAUAUCACACAAAUUUCUUUGAAGGGUUUUUUUUGGACAAUUUCUAAUCACUAUUCAAUGAUAGACUUUAUACAGUCCAUUUUACAAUGAGCUGUUUAGGCAGGGCUAAACUUAUCAGUUUAAUUUCUUUAACCAAAGUUGAAGAGUCUCAAUCAGAAUAUGUCCAGAAUUCUGCUCUCUCUGGAGUUUAGGCUUUAUUUAAUUUUCAGUUUGUAUUUUUACACAGGUAAAACGGAUAAAACCAUCUUUCUGAAUCUUAUUGAGGUCAUGGCCAUGAUGCUCAUAAGUUUCAUGUAGCUUUAACCAUGAAAAGAAAUGUUCUAUUGCUUUAGUCAAAUCAGUACUUCUGUUAGCAUCUACUAUAUUCUCCCCUUACAAGUCUCUAUUGAUAUGAUGCACCUUUUCAGAAUUCUCUCAUAAGUUUGUUAUAGUGAGAAAAUAUAAAUUAGCCUUCAUAAAAGAUCUGGUUCAUUUUCUGAUCAAUCUUGCACCAGCUAUUUUAUCCUUGUCAUACAAAGUGAAACCAUCUCUGUUAUUUUUUGAUAAACUGGUAUUUUUGUAGUGAACUACAGUGUUAAUUUAAAGGUGAGCAUGUUGACAGGUACAGCUCACUGUAGAAUGUGAUUUGUAGGUAAUAGCUGUACUUCACUGUGAUCUUAUGAAUUGGUUAUGAGCAUGCCUGUUCAUUCUACUCACUGACCAAACAGGACUUUCAAUAGUGAGUGGCCACUAUUCAGUCCAAAACUAAAAACGAUACCAGAGUCUCAGCCUAAAAGUGUAUUUCUCUAGCUUUUGGCAUCCAAGAAUGGCCACAGAUUUAAAAGGUGAUGGAGCUUUUCCUGGCAAAUACUGUUUGAUACCUCUUUAAAUGUAGACAGUGCCAUAUAUUCCACUGUGCUAGCUCUUCUCACGCCCUCUCUUUCUUUUUCUGCUGCCAGUCAGACCAACACAGCUGCAAAUGAUGACUGUACACUUGUGCAUGCACACACACACACAAACAAGCAGGGGUGUCGUCUUCCCCAGCUCUAAACUAUCUCUAUGAUUUCACUUAUCAGAGCUCCUAUUGAUAUCCUAAAAUUGUCUUUGUAAACUCUCUUAAUUAUAUUAAAUAUUAAUGUCUCAGUUGUUUGCCUCCUUGCCUGUCAGACAUCCUGCCCUAUCUAAGCACACAGCAACUUGAUCUUGUCUUUGUUUGUGGUGAAAAAGAGUGGUUCCCUCUGGUGGUUGUAACUUUCACUAAGUGCCAAUUAGAAGAACAAAGAGAGGUGUUUUUUAUUAAAAGAAAAGAACUAAAGGAAUUGCACUAACGUGUACUGCACACAAACAUUGUUUUUAUGUGGCAUUUUUAUAUGGAUGAAUUGAAGUUUUUUUUUAAAAAAAAAGAAAAAAUCUUUUUGGUUAUACAGUAACUGGUCUUAGUUUUGAACUAUAGAUUCAGGGAUGGAGGCUACACACUGGCUCCACAACAAUAAGCUUAACAGUAAGCUUAACUUUCUUGUUGGUAUCUACAUCAUGCUAGUAUUGAUAUUGGAUUGGCCCACAUUUCCUGUUGUCCAGUUACUUGUAAGUGGAGUGUCACAGCUUAUAUUUUCUCUUUUCAUUUUCUCUUUCCCUGACAUAGACCUUCCUAUGUCUAUGUCAGGGAAAUGAUGCUUCAAUUACCACAGUGACACUUCAAAUGCAGGUAGUUGUUUGAAAUCUGAAAAUGCAGUUGUCCACGUUUUUAUUAUUUUAUAUUCUGCCUCAUUUGCUAUGGCUUCUUUUAUAAUGUAAAGCAGAAACUUAAAAUUGUAAGAAACUGUUUUUAACUGAAGAUCUAGUGAAAAUGUAGUUCAACAUUUUUGUUGGGUUCAAGUGGAAAAGCAACAAUGAAUGUAAACUCUUCAAAAGAAAAAGCCUUUAAACACCUGUCACUGUUGCUAAAGUGAUGUAUUCUGUUAUCUCAUUGACAUUUACAGUUUGAGACCAUAUCUAAUAUGCUUUCAGUGAAAAAGACUUAAAUUACAGUGGCGUUUAUUGGCAAGAGAACUAGUCUCACAGAAUGCAGCUGUAUCUUUCCAUCACUUUUUCUACAGCCUUGCGUUAUGCACAUCCUUCAUCACUUAUUCUAGCAUAAUGAUAGUCAGAACCUGUCAGUGUUUUGCUUUUCUUUUUUUUUCUUUCUAUUGUCAGUUAAAAUGCUCUCCAAAUAGUGGGUUUUUUUUGUUUGUUUGUUUGUUUGUUUUUAAUUCAGAGUGAAUAUUAGUGUACAAUUGCCAGACAGGAGAUACUUAAAUUAGUGAGUUUAUUUUUGUGCAUAUUAAGUUGGUCCUGUCCUGCACAUUCCGACAGACUGCUUAUUUGUGUUUUUGUUUGUCUCCUUGCUCAUUCUGUCUGUCAGGCCUUACCCAGGAAAUUAAGCUAAACACCCAAUAAAUGUGCAGUUUCACUUUGCAUUUUUUAAAAACAUUUUAGAUAUUACAGGGCAAAUUGAAUGUAAUGAAAUGUAACAGAAACCAGCUUUCAGUGCUAAAAAAAAAAAAAAAAGUGUAAUCAUUUUAAUGCGUUUUACUGAGCACAGUCUUUGUGUUUUUUUGCUUUUGAUCUUUAUUUUUAGUUUAUUUUGGCAUGACCCAGUUGGCCUUUAUCAGAAACAACCGCUCUUUGAUGUUUUGGUUGAUAUUUUCUGCAUGUCUUCUGUAUGGUCUCACUAAUAGAAACAUUUUUGUGACAUGUCUGAAGUUCACUGUUGUGAGGAGAGCGUGAAAGACUUGAUUGAGUGGAUGGAUAUGUAGCUUAUGUUUGACAAGCUGUAUGAGGAAAAUAUGAUUUAUAUGGAUGUAAUUAAAUCUAGAUUUCAGAAAGA